AGGCAAUGGCCGUCUACUGACAGUACAUUCACGUUCAUGACGCAGGAUGCUGCGUAAAAUGUGUUACUUUCAUUCGCUCUGACAAGAGUCCAGUGAUUCGGACGGUCCACCGCGAGGCUAUUUACUCUGCAUUGACUGGAAACAGCACAUAAUCUGAUGUAAAGAUGUCAUUUAAAGACAACACAAUUAGUUUCCCUGAGCUUAUUAAGCUGAAACGAGACGGUGGCCAACUCAACCCAGCAGAGAUAGGCACUUUUGUGCAUGGAGUCACAUCAGGAGACAUCCAGGACAGUCAAAUAGGUGCUAUGCUAAUGGCCAUAUGGCAGAAGGGCAUGACCGAUGAAGAGACCGUGGCAUUGACGAGAGAGAUGAUGAACUCUGGGGAGAUUUUUAAAUGGCCGAAGGAAUGGCUUGUGAUAGACAAACACUCAACCGGUGGGGUUGGAGACAAAGUCAGUCUUCCACUCGCUCCUGCUCUGGCUGCAUGUGGUUGUAAGGUGCCCAUGAUAAGUGGAAGAGGACUGGCACAUACAGGCGGCACCCUUGACAAGCUGGAGUCUAUCCAAGGGUUUAAAGUUAACCAGUCAGUUGAACAGGUGAAGCAGAUCCUAGAGGAUGUGGGCUGUUGCAUUGUGGGACAGACAAAGAAUCUGGUGCCAGCAGAUCAUGUUCUCUACGCCAUCAGAGAUGCCACAUCGACUGUUGAUAGUCAUCCUCUUAUCAUAAGCUCCAUCAUCUCUAAGAAAGGAGCUGAGGGUCUCAGUGCUCUGGUGUUAGAUGUGAAGUUUGGCAGAGCUGCUCUGUAUAAAGAUGUGGACAGCGCUCGCAGUCUUGCUCAGUCACUGAUCACUGUGGGUAACAGACUGGGUGUGAAAACAGGGGCGGUGCUUAGCCGAAUGGACACUCCUAUUGGCCAGAGUGUAGGAAAUGCGCUCGAGGUGUGUGAAGCCCUUGAGUGUCUUAAAGGACGAGGGUCAGAUGAUCUCAAGGAACUGGUGACAUAUUUAGGUGGGCAACUAUUGUGGAUGUGUGGCCACUCCUGUACUGUAGAGAGUGGGAUAAAAGAAAUCACUCUGAAACUGGAGAAUGGAGAAGCCCUGAAAAAGUUUGAGGCGAUGCUGAUGGCUCAGGGGGUGUCUGCAGAUGUUGCACAUUCCCUGUGUUCAGAUGAGAACGACUACUUUAGGCACAUGAAGCGUGCAGCACAUCAGACAGAGCUUGAUGUACCAGAUAAUGGAGCCGUUUUGGACAUCGACGGUUUGGCUCUGGCUGAAGUGCUGCAUAAACUAGGGGCGGGCCGUUCUAAAUCAGGAGAGGAAAUCGAUCACAGUGUGGGAGCAGAGAUCUUGGUUAAGAUAGGACAGCAGAUACAGAAAGGGUCCAAGUCAUGUUGGAAAAUGAAAUCUGCAUCUCCAUAAAGUUGGUCAGCAGCAGGAAGCAUGAAGUGCUCUAAAACUCCCUGGUAUAUGGCCGUGUUGACCUUGGACUUCAGAAAACACAGUAGACCAACACCAGCAGAUGACAUGGCACCCCAAACCAUCACUGACUGUGGAAACUUUACACUGGACCAACAUGGAUUGUUUGCCUCUCCUCUUUUCCUCCAGACUCUGGGACCAUGAUAUCCAAAGGAAAUGCUAAAUUUACUUUCAUCAGAGAACUAACUUUGGACCACUCAGCAGCAGUCCAGUCCUUUUUGAAGCGAGAUGCUUCUGACGCUGUCUGUUGUUCAACAGUGGCUUGACACAAAGAGUGCGACAGCUGAAACCCAUGUCUUGCAUACAUCUGUGCGUAGUGGUUCUUUAAGCACUGACUCCAGCUGCAGUCCACUCUUUGUUAAUCUCCCCCACAUUUUUGAAUGGGUUUUGUUUCUACCACAUCAGUUUUCAGUUUUGUUUUCUACCACAUCAUUUCCUUCCUUGUGCUUGGACACAGAGCUCUGUGAACAGCCAGCAUCUUUUACUAUGACCUUUUGUGUCUUGCCCUCCUUGUGCAAGGUGUCAAAAGUGGUCUUUUGGACAACUGUCAAGUCAGAAGUCUUCCCCAUGAUUGUGUAGCCUACAGAACUAGAUUGAGAGACCAUUUAAAGGCUUUGCAGGUGUUUUGAGUUAAUUAGCUGAUGAGAGUGUGGCACCAGGUGUCUUCAAUAUUGAACCUUUUCACAAUAUUCUAAUUUUCUGAGAUACUGAAUUUGGGAUUUCCUUAGUUGUCAGUUAUAAACAUAAAAAUUAAAAGAAAUAAACUGUCUGUCAGUCUGUGUGUAAUGAAUGAAUAUAAUAUACAAGUUUCACUCUUUGAAUGGAAUUAGUGAAAUAAAUCAACUUUUUCAUGAUAUUCUAAUUAUAUGACCAGCACCUGUAUAUCUGUGUAUAGCAUUACAAUGUUAUUGAUACCCUAUU